AUGAUCAAGUGGUUUUGCAAUGCAUGCUUGUCUGGUGCCAAAGAAGAGAAUGAUGAAAUAUCAUUUGGAUUGGCUAAAAUAAAAUCUUACGUCAAAACUGUCAGUACAGGCAAUCUUAUCAAACAUUUAAGAGAUUUCCAUAAUUUAAAAGAAGAAAGUUCUGGUAAAGCUACAAGAAAUAUCGAGCAGUUUUUUCAAAUACAACCACGCCGCUCACAAACAACAGUUGGAACUCCAAGCAGCUCAUUGAUAAAAAAUAAAGAUUCAUGGUUACUUGCACGAGAUAUGGCUCUCUGGUUUUGCAAGUCUUUAAUGCCGUUCGAUUCGGUAUCAGAUGAAGGCAUGAACGAUUUUUUCCAAAAAUAUGACAUCAUCAGUUGUAAAGAAGAUAUGCCCUCUAGAGACACAGUGUCUCGCACUGCUCUCGACGAUGUCUAUGAAAGUAUGCUGGAGAAUGUGAAAGUUCAAAUCAAAACAGAUGCGGCUGGACAUGCCGCUAUCACGUUUGAUUUGUGGACUGAUCAGUAUAGACAUCUGAGCUACAUAACGUUCACUCUUCAUUACUUAACUGCUGAUUUUGAGUUAAAAUCAUUCACGUUGUGCACUAAGCUUAUCGAGGGCAAAAAGACGGGAGCUAAAAUUCAAGAAACAUUAAACGAGACAAAAGAGUGCUUUGAUCUCCAGGAAAAAGUACUCCACUCCGUGACGGAUGCAGGGUCAAAUGUUAAACGCGCCAUUUCGCUUGCCGCACUGGACAGCCAUUUGUGCUUAGGGCACGCAUUGCACAACCUGGUAACUGUAGACGGUAUUGGCAGUGUUCCUGAAUUAGCAGAUUUAAUAAAAAAGUGUAAAAAGAUUGUGAAAACCGUUCGUUAUCGUUUACCGGACUUGGAGCGAGAGGCAGAAAAAGAACAGAUUCAAUUUCUACAGUCUCUAGAGCGCGUAUCAGAACAUUUGGAAAUGGAUGAAAAUGAGCCAAUUAUUGAUGAUGAGGUGUCGGAUUCACAUUCAGUUUCAGGACUACAAACGAACAGCGAUGAAUUUGGUAGCAUAAACCAUGUGCCAAGUAUCAAAACUUCGUCGCCAACCCGUUGGCAUAGUAUGCUAGCUAUGCUAGAAAGUCUAGCACACUUUUGCAACAGAAAUCCUGUUAAUAAUUUAUUAGCACAAGUCAAUCAACAUGAUUUAAAAAUUUACCAACAGGAGUGGAACUUGUUAGAAGAUCUUAUUCGGUUUCUACGUAAAUUCCGUGAAGUAGUGGAAAUGCUAUCGACACAAAAAACAGCUUCGCUUAAUUUGGCCCUUGUGUUUCGUUUGGAAAUCAGAGAUAUCCUCAAUUCUUUAUCAGACGAAGAAACGCUAAUAAUGCUAUCACUGAAAAAUAAAAUGUUGGCAAAAUUAGACAAACGAUUCCCAAUCACUGAUAAAAUUGUUGUUUCGGCAUUGUUGGAUCCUCGUUUUAUAAGCUUGAGUCAGAUUGAUUCGUACCUUGAACAAAAAAAUACUACUCGUGCUGCAUUUCUGGCAGAGUACAUAAAAAUACAGCCCAAUAUUUCAAAUCAUUCCACGAUGGUGGCUACAUCACCUCCUGCUGUUCUUGCUAGUACUUCUAAUGAAUCUAUUUUGUCAAAGCUUUCCAAGAAACACAGCAGCAGCAGCACUAGCUCUAUUUUAACUUCUGUUGAGUUUAAUGAAGUUGAUCAAGAAUGCUGGAGGUACUUGGCAGCUGCUAAUGCUAGUGACGUUGUAGACGACGAUGUCCUACAGUAUUGGCGAAAUAAAUCAAAAACAUUUCCUCACUUGAGCCAACUGGCAAGGGCUAUUCUGGCAAUCCCUGCUACCAGUACGCCUAGCGAGCGCGUUUUUUCUAUAGCGGGACUUACUGUAACAGCUAAAAGGUCUAGGCUUAACCCACCGUUGCGAACACCUCUACUACGAAGAGGCAACGUCGCGUCAGCCGCUCGUGUUGCGUUCGUCAUGCGGUGCGCGCGCGCGGCAACAUGUCACUACUCGACCGACUCGUCAGACGAACGCUUGCUUUUUGUGUUACAAAAUGGCGGCCGCGGCGAGCUUGGAGUGAAGUUGCAUAAAAAACAAACACUUCUGGUAAGUAAUAAUAAGUUUUUUUUUUAUUCAAUCACACAGUAAUUCCACUGCCAACGGAGUGCACAAUCAGGUUUCAAAAAAUAAUUUGAUAAAUAGUUGCAUAAACCAUUCGGUGUGUUAACAAAAGUCAUAUUUGGUAUUAAAUUUGGCCUUUGUCUUUGUGCUGCCGAUUCACUGGAUGCACAGAUUCUGUACUGUAUUCCUUCUUGUUUACGUAUGUAGUUAUGUAAAAUACAUGUGCAUUUUAUUAUAGAAAUUAAAGUGGUAUAUUUGGGACAUACAAUGGGUUUCAAAAGAACUUGAAAUUUCUGUGACAUCAUUCCGAAAACACAUUCAAUAGUUUUUCGUCCACGACGCAAUCUAUAAUUAAAUAUUCUUUUUACGUUGUCCAAGUUUCUCACUGAGUAUGGUCUCAUUAAAUACUUCUUCAAAGGAAAGGCGUUGUCUCCAACAAAGUAAUAUGGAAAUAUAUUUCCAGUAUUGUCAUCAUUUGGUAAAGGUGAACCUGAAUUUGGAAUAUUUAAACCACCUCUUUCUAACCACCUUCCCAAAGCCGAUGCCUGAAACACACCACCGUCACUAUUUCUUCCAGCAAAUCCACAUUCUAUAGCCGUAAAAUUACCGUCUGCAUCGCAACAUCCCAACAAAAUAAUAGAAUGGUAUCCUUUAUAGUUAUAAUUAGCAAAUCCUGUGUUAGGAUACUUUUGAAUUCGUAUAUGCUUUCCAUCAAUAGAUCCCAGACAAUUUGGCAGGUUCCAAAGUUCGUGGUAUCUGGUUGCAAUAGCCUUCCAUUGAUCUGUAGAUGGCACAGGCAUAAAGGUGUCUCUGAGUGCGCUCCAUAUAACUUCUGUUAUCUCUGUUACAACUCGAGAUAUAGUGCAUUCUUCUCGAGCAAAGUAAAAUUUUAGUGCUCGGAAACUACACCCAGUUGUUAAGUAUCUGAAAAAAAAGACGUAUUAAAUUACCUGCUUAUAUUAUGCAUAUUUCUUUUCAGAGGCUGAUUGUCAAACUAAGUGGAGGAAUAUAAGGAAUGGAUUUGUCCGCAGCCUGAAACCAACUCCUAGUGGUUCAUCUACAAAGCAAAAGAAGUUAUACUAUCUACACGACGAACUACAGUUUCUUCUUCCUUUUGUGAAAGCAAUUGUUCACACUAAUGAACCGGGAAAUAUACCUGAACCACCAGAGGAGAACACAAAUGAAUCAAGUUUUACAACUGAUGAAGUCCCGUGUACUCAAAGACCUACAGAUACAUUGGAAACCUCAUCUUCUGGCACCGAUGAAUCAAACUCAUUUAAGAAGCCAAAAAUAAGAAAAGUUACCAACGAGGCUGAUAAAGCGUUUGUGGAUUGGAUUAAAAAAAAAGAAACAAAAACUGACAGUCCUAGAAAACUGUUUUUAAGUUUGUUGCCUGAUAUAGAAAAUUUAUCUGAAGAGCAAAUGCGAAAAUUUAGAAUUAAGAUGCUUUUAUUACUUGAGGAAAUUCAGUCAGAGCAAUCAUAUCCGCCACAAGUGCCACAACAAUACAGGGACAAUAAUUAUUCUCUAGUAUCAUCUGUACAUUCUACAAAUUCAUCGUUUCCAAUCAAUUGGAAUCUCCAAUCAAUUAUUCUGUAA